UUUCCUCUCACUCAGUUUCCUCCAUCAUAGAGUGGGGUCAAAGGUGCAAAAGCGUUGGUGGGGGGAAACCUGAAGACCCUUGGACAUCUAGGCACGUACCUUAUCUCCCCUAGGGGUCCUCAUAUAUGUUUUUUCACCGAGAAUCACAAACACAUGGUUCUUUCCUGCCAUUUCUUUGCUCAAAGCGAUAGGGGUUUAGAAAAACUAAUAGACCACUAAAAAUACUUGGAGACUGGAGCCUGGGCUGUUUUCCUGCACUGCUCCUACAGAAAGCGUGGGCCACCGACCAGGAAGGAGGAAACGAGCCGCUCUGGCCAUGUGGGGGCUUCCUGCGUAACUUUAUAAAGAGUCCUCUCCCUUCAGUUUCCUCACUCAGAGUCAGUGGCAGCUGUGGGAGAGCCCCUGCUCCACAUCUUUGAUCACAGACUCAACACUGAGCUGAGGGCUUGACGUGGACACGAGUUCUCGUCCCUGCUGGUCGGGGUACGAGUAGGGAGCUGGUCUCACCUAACACGUGUCUGGGACACUUCAGACUAUUUAUUCUAUAAUUUAAAACACAGACAAGCAUGAUGGAAGCGUUGGGAGGAUACAGAAUGGGCAGAGAGCAGGAGCUCAGGCCUGAGGGAUAUGUGAAAGAGUUCACACGACACUCCAACGACGUACUGCUAAACCUUAAUGAGCUCCGGCACCGUAACAUCCUGACUGACACCACCCUAGUCGUUGGAAACGUGCAGCUGAGUGCACACUGUGCCGUCCUUGUGGCAUGCAGUGGGUUCUUUUACUCCCUGUACUCCCGCCGUGUGAUGCUGCAAGGGCGUGGUGGAGGAGAUCAGCUCAUGACAGUGUCCCUCCCCAACACUUUGGACGCCUCCAGCAUCUCCCUGCUCCUGGACUUCAUGUACACCUCCCGUCUCCCUCUGACUCCUAGCAUUGUCCCAGGAGUUCUGGCCGCUGCAGCUUAUCUACAGAUGGACCACGUGGCUGAAACCUGCAAGGACUUCAUGCGCCUGCACUGCAGGGAGAAUAUGAGCACCAGACACCUACGACUGGAGCUGGACUCCAGUGUCUCUGUUGCCUCAGUCGCCCUCAUGGGAGGAGGUUUGUCUCAUCCAGGACCAGUGGCAGGAACUGCAAGGUUCUCUCAGGAGGGCGGAGGGUCUCUGAAGCCAGGGGCUUUCCCAUCCUGCCAGUCUGGGCCAAAGGAGGCAAGAGAAAAGCCCGAGUCGCCACACAUGGCCAGCCCGACCCCAUCUCCAGACAGCCCCGCCCGCUCCAGCUGCCAACCCAGUUCUCCAGCUGAGUCCAACACCUGUAACAAAAACUUAGUGAGUGAAACUAGAACCACGCCAGAUCCAAAGGCCUGCAACUGGAAAAAGUACAAGUACAUUGUCCUCAACCCUCUGUGUGCUGCGCCCACAGUGAAGGAGGAGCAGACGGAGGAGCCCCAGAGUCAAGCGUCACCUAUGACUGAUCCGAUGAUCCUGACUCCCAAAGGCCCAGUAGAGGCGUGGUCUGGAGAAGUGCCUGGUCAGAUUGAUAGACAGGGGCAGGCCUCCUGCUACGAGGGUUCUGGCCGAGCCCCUCCCCUCGGGCCACUACCCUCUCUGGAUCCACAAAAAGUGACCCCAACUCCCAAGGAUGAACUUGGUUCACCCUGCACCAGUCUCUCAAAUCUGGACCCUGCUAAUGCAGAAGCUGCCAUCAAUAAUAAAGAGGUCAUCAAGCGUGAGAACUACUAUAUGUCCUACUGUUAUUCUGGAAACAUUCAAGGAACCAAAACCACCGCCUCAAGCGACAAACCGUACCGCUGUAAUGUGUGCGGAGCCCAAUUCAACCGCCCAGCCAACCUGAAGACCCACUCACGCAUCCAUUCAGGAGAGAAACCAUACCGUUGUGAUACCUGUGGCGCUCGAUUUGUUCAAGUUGCUCACCUCAGGGCCCACGUCUUGAUCCACACAGGUGAGAAACCUUACCCGUGUCACACCUGUGGCACCCGUUUCCGCCACCUGCAGACUCUGAAGAGUCACCUGCGCAUCCACACUGGAGAGAAGCCUUACAUUUGCGAAAAGUGCGACCUCCACUUUCGUCACAAGAGCCAGCUGCGCCUCCAUCUGCGUCAGAAACAUGGCGCGGUCACCAACACCAAGAUCCGCUACAAGGUGCUGACGGAGCCGUACCAACCUCUACUGCAGGCCUGCUGAGGAGACAGGCCUCUACGUCACAGCCACCGCAGCAAGUGUAAUUCACAAAGCAUUAAUGCCAUAGAAAUACAAUGUAUAGCGAUAAACGUAGAGAUGAAGUGCAUGAUGGGAAAGAAAUAAUGUUUAAAGAAGUGUUUUUUGUAGGUCUGGGAAGGAGGUGAUGUUAUGUAGAAUGGAAUGGUGGGAACUGUGGAGACGCGUAAGGUUUGUUAGAAAGUAAGAAAGAAAGAAAGAAAGAUAGAAAGAAAGAAGCAGGUUUUUAUGAAGAAGGGAGGAGUGUAAGUUGAACUAAAACGACAGUGAUAGUAAAGCUAUUAAACUUACACUGAGGCCUGGGGCCCAUGUUUUUGUUUUAAUUAUUAUUCUAAGCUAAAGUAUGCUGUAAUAUUUGCUUUUAUGGUCCCAGCUGGCAAAGGACUUUUUUUAAAGAAAGAAGAAAGUGAAUCAGUGUUGGAGUAUGAAAGAUCUUUAGUAAGUGAUUAAAUAUCAUAAUAUAAUGGAUAAUGAUAAGUAUACAUUUGGAAGUGUUUGGGUUAAUUUGCUGGACAAAGAUGUUUUUUCUACAAGUCAAAUUAAACAGUUUUUAUACCAAUCGGA